GUACAUUAUUGUUGGAACUUGGAAUGAAUAAGUAUAAUGAAGACACUUUUUACAGAUUUUAUAUAAGGAUUUGAUCCGCAUAAGAAACCUUAAAUCAGCACUAAUUAAUUUAACAGCAAACAGGGAGACUUUUUCUGUCAAUGGAUCCAUGAAUCUGAAAUAAUUGGGCUUAGUAUACAUGAGACAUUAAAUUAUGUGUCAAAAAUGAUCAGAAUAGCCCUUUUCUAAGACUGAGGUGAAGAUCUCAACCUGUGGUUCUUUAAGUCCUCUGCUGGAACAUGCAUUCUCUAAAGAAAUGCUUUUGUUUGAAAAAAACUAGACAUCUGCUUGAGACCCAUGACACUCUUGCUUCUGAGACUUGUUUUACUGUGAAUGAUGUGGAGGCUUUGUAUGUUCUGUACAAGACACUAAGCAGCUCCAUAAUUGAUGAUGGUCAUAUUCACAAGGAAGAGUUUCUCCAAGCUCUUUUCAGCUGCAGCGAUCGGCAAAAUCUUUUUGCAGACAGAUUAUUUGACUUAUUUGAUCUUAAGCGUAAUGGAAUUAUUGAAUUCGGAGAAUUUGUUCGAUCGCUAAGCAUAUUCCAUCCAAAGGCUCCUGAAGAAGAUAAAAUCACCUUUGCAUUUAGAGUGUACGAUCUAAAGAACACUGGACACAUAGAACGUGAUGAGCUGAAGGACAUGGUAUUGGCUAUUCUCCAAGAAUUAAAAUUGACACUUCCGAAUGAUGUCGUUGAAGAAAUUGUCCAUAAGACUAUUCAAGAGGCAGAUUUGAAUGGUGAUGGACGGAUUGAUCUACAUGAGUGGAUGGAAUUAGUUGCGAGAUAUCCUUCUUUGAUAAAGAAUAUGACCCUCCCAUACUUAGAAGAAGUAACUGCACUAUUUCCAUGCUUUGUGAUGACGAGUAAAGUUCGCGACUCAGAAUUGGUAUGUGGGAACUGAUGGCCACAAAUUUUGUUUCACCUAUUAUGGACUGAUCAUCAAGAACUUGAGGAGUGUCUGUCUACUUAUUUUCUUCUUUGUUCUUGUCUGGGCUAAGGCAAACUUAAGUUGUACAACGUAUGUGUUAGUCUAAUCUCAAAGAGGCAUAAAUUGUACAUGUACUGGGACUUUUUGUGAAUGGUAAGCGUCAAUAAAUAUUUUACAUCUGUAUGUUCGAUUU